AUGCCUCGAAAUCGAUCGAUGGUGUCUUCAUUGUUCAUCCGAAACGUGCCCGCCGACGCUAGGUCAGAUGAAUUGAGGGAAAUAUUCAGCAAGUAUGGACCAGUUACAGAUGUCUACAUCCCUCUUGAUUAUUAUACCAGACAGCAUCGAGGCUUUGCCUAUGUACAAUAUCCUUUAUUACGUUCAUUCUGGAUCAGGAUAUUUUGUGGGCUAGUUUCCUUAACCUGGCACACGUUCGAAGAUUACAGGGAUGCAGAUGAUGCUCUGUACUACCUAAAGGGCUUCAAAUACUGCGGUGUCGAGUUGGAAAUUGAAUUUGCAAGGAGUGACAGAAAAACACCACACAUGAUGAGAAUGCGAGAAAAAGGUAGUGGGGGUGGAAGAAACGACGACUACGAUGAUUACGAUAGAAGGAGAAGAGGGGGUGCCAGGAGGUCGUUCAGCAGGUCGCCAAGAAGAGAUAGGUAG